GCAAGAGCUUGGCUCCACCGUUCCCAACGGGAGACCAAUUUCAUUUCCGUUCGUAGGCCGGAUCGGUAUGUACGGAAAAACCUCCGGAUUAUGAGACUGGAUCAGCUGUGAGGAAAUGAUUGCUUUCCCCCCCCUUCUGAAACUGCGCAUGCGUUGGCUAGGUUUUGGCGCCUUCUUUUGUCUUUCUGAGGAAGUUGUUGCUGAGGUGAACUUGGAGCCCGGCGGUACCGGGGGCGCGUCGCUUCUUCUUCGCUUGGCCUCGAGAAACCCUUCCUUAAUCCAUUGAUUUAUUUUUAUUUUUUGCUCUCGACUACAUUUCCGCAGGGCUGCUCUUCUGAGGUUCUUCUUGGCUCAGGAGAAACUCGCUGUCCCAUGAAGAGAGGCACUGAGGUGAAACCGUGUAUUUUCUUAAUUGUAUUAACAGUGCAAUGGAAAAGAAAAAUGUUGAUAUAUCUGCGAAGAAACCAUCUUUGUUUGAAAUAUUCAAAACACAAUACAGUGAAUCAGACCUAGGACCAAUAAGUCUCAAUUGGUUUGAAGAACUCAGUUCAGAAGCUCCACCUUAUGAUGUGAAAAAAACAGAAGACCCCUUACACAAAACUAUGGAUCAAAAUACUUUCAAAACCCCAAAAGGGAAGUUGUCUAGAAAUAAGUUAUCAACGCCCAUGAUUUUUAAAGACCGAAAUAAAAAUGUAAAAACAUUUACUUCUCCUAUAGAAAAAUCAGCUCAGUCCAGUGAAGAAACAGGUAAAACUUUCAGUGAAAUGCCUAGACUGAGAACACAAGUGGAUGAAUCAAAUGAAGGAAUGAAUCUUUCUAAUUCCUGUGUUAUUGCAAGUCCGGUCGUACAAGAAAAACAAAAUAAUAAAUAUGUACUAAGUGAAAGUUUAUUACAAACACCCAAGAUUUUUGAGAUUCAGACACAGAAAUGCAUUUCUGAGAGCUUGGGAGCAGAAGCAGAUCCUGAUAUGUCUUGGACAAGUUCAUUAGCAACGCCUCCUACACUUUCUCCAACUGUCAUAAUAGGUAAUGAAGAAAGAAGAAAAGAUACAGUUUCUGGAACAACGAUCCCUAAUGAAAUAAUUGAUGCUAUCAUGUAUGGUUUUUUUUCCAAAAACGAGAAAAGUCUCAAGAGCAAUAAUAGACAAUCUUCAUCAGGAAUUGAAAUUUCAUGUGCAGAAAUGGACAGCAAAAUCCACAAUCUUGAAAGUUUUUUAAAUGAAUCUUUUGAUAAGAAUGCAUUUCCUGUUGAGCUACAUGGAUACCAAAAGCCAUCAAAUAUACCAAAGGAUGAAAAUAAUCAUGGUGGAACAAAUGACUUUUCUCUGAACAUUGCCAGCAGCAGAGUUUUUCUAAAAAAAAUUAACUCAGUUGAGGAGAAUAAAAAAGCUAUUUUUUAUGAAAAGAAUCAUGAUGAACUUGAAGGAUAUCAUGAAAUGAUUAAGGCUUCUCAUGAAAGACAAUGUGAAAAAAAGUUAAAAUCUUCUAAAUGUAACCUGAAUACAAAUGUCCCCAAAAUACAGAAUGCAGUGAACAGAAAGGAGAAUAUGCCAUCAUCUUUGCUUUGUCCAUGGUCUCAGUUGGACUUGUCUGGUCUUGAAAUAACGCAACUUGAAAAAAAAUUCAUGAAGAGCAUUAGUUCAUCUUCUACCUUACAGGUCAAGAAAACUUAUCCGGAUAGUCCAUCAUCUAUUGAAAAAGAAUGCAGUAGUCCUAAAAUAUUAAAAUCAUAUAUGUUAAACACACCAUGUCUAAUACAAAGUAGAAAGAUGAGUUCUCCAGAAAAGUUAUCCGUUUCUGAAAACUCACCUUUAUUGAUUAAGAAUGAUUCAGUGUCAUUGAAACAUGCUGAGAAUGAGGAGUUUUCUUUUGUAAAUUUUUCAGAGAAUAAUUAUUUCUUAAAGAGCAGAACUUUAACAGAAUCCUCAGAAGUCCAAAAUAUUCGCUCUGAUUUCUCAAGGAAGGAUAAAAGUUCUUCAGGCUAUCUAGGUAAUAUUUCAAAUCAAGCUUCUAGUGAUGCUAGACAACACACAAAAUCAAGCUUGAAAAAUAUUAGCUCACUUUCCAGUUUGAAAAGGCGGCCCAAAAAAUUCAUUUAUGCUCUAAACAAUUCUCUAAUUCAGCGGGAAGAAGGAACCACCCAGAGAGAUGGAUCUCUUACUUGUUUUGUGCCAAUAUGUACAAAUUUAGAAACUGGUAUCUCUGAACUUUCUGAAAUCCAAAUCAAGAGUGAAGGACAAAUUGAAACUGCUGAUAAUCUUUCCACAAAAGAAAGAAAGCAAAUAGAUUCUGAAAAAUGCUAUACAUCUACUAACAUGUUAUAUGAAACUACAGGUAGUAAAAAGUCAAAUAUUCAACAUAACACUACUGAUAGUUCAACACUACUUCUAAAAAAUAAUACAAAGAAAGAAGCUAUAAUGUUUUCCAGAGAUAUUGCUGCUAAUUAUCAAACAGAGGUAACUGAAAAAGGAUUCCAUGAAAUCUGUCACAGCAAUACUUGUGUGGAUAGAAAGACUGAUUUCACAAAUUAUAGUUCAUCACAAGAAGCACAAAAAUGUACAUUGCCGAUGCAAGUAUCAGAAACAGAAAAUAAGCAAGUAAACUUGGAAUUAACUGCACAAUUUUUGGACAGUGGUAUUCAUUCAAUGAAAGCAUCAAAAUCUAAAACUAUGGUAUUGGAGAAAGAAAUUGAUACAAAACUGUCUCCAUUACUAAGUUUAAAAGAAGGUGCGCCUGAUGAUAAGCAGAGAGAGUUAGGAUGUCUUUGUAAUAGGAAAAUCCAGGAAUGCAAAGGUUUUAAGACUGCAUCUGAUAAACAGAUAGUGCUAUCUGCUGAUGAAAUCAGAAAAGGCAAAUUACUGUUCAAGGAUAUAGAAGAUCAACUUCUUGUAGACUUUCAGAAUGAAGAAAAAGGUGCUAUUUCAAGUCAAAAUAAACAGGAAAAUACUGAGAAUUUUUCAGUUGGACAAAAUGAACUAAAUUUACAUGUUUCUGAUUCUGUGGUUCACUCAGAUGAUGUGAAAAUUAGUUUUCCUGAAUAUGGCAAUAAGUCUGUUCAAAAUGUACUUAAAAAUCAGCACUCUGAAGAAAAACACAAUUUAACAGCAAGCCAAGUAGCUGAAAUUACUGAACUUUCUAACAUAUUGGAAGAAACAGACAGUCAAUUUGAAUUUACCCAGUUUAGAAAACACAAGAUUAUGAUGGACAAUAACACUAAUGAAACUAAAAGUUUUAUAAAAAAAAAAUUAAAUUCUAAGAAUUGGAAAGAUAUGGGAUUUGUGGACGAUCCAGGUAAUAAUCAGUCCUCUUUUAAGCAUACAGAUACUGGGGAAUGUAAUACUGACAGACAAAGCAACGAGCAGGUUAUAUUGCUGAAAUCAAAUAGAAAAGAAAAAUGUUUUGUUCCAGUUAUUUCAGAUCCCUUACAAUCUGAUCUGGGAAAUCAUAAUUCAGUUAAAAACAAAGAUGAGAUUGCAAGAGGUACAGAAUUAGCCAGCAAUAUGAAUGGAAUGGAUGAAAUAUUGAACUAUAAAAUAAAAACGGAUAGUUCAAACAAAUGCAGUAGUUGGCACAUGCCUAUGAAAGAAAUAGAUAUUGAUUGGCCUCAGAAGGCCAAAAAAGGAAAUGCUAAAUAUAUAAUACAAGGUACCACAAAAGAUACAACAAUUGCUUUUGUAAAAGAAGAUACAGAAAAUAAGUUAAAAGAUGUGGACUGCCAUAAAGAUAGUGUUGUCCAGAUUACUAGCACCACAGAAGUAAACUUGAAAAUUAUUCAAAAAUAUUCUGUACAUGUAUCAGAAAACGAAUUGUUAUCCACUAAAAAUCAAAAUGCUUUACCUGUACAUCAUUUUCUAAAUUGUGGGAAAACUUGCUGUAACAAUAAUUACCCAGAAACUUUGUCUGAUCUAACAUGCUUAGUUGAAGUUGCUAAAACUGAAAAAAAUAAUACUUGGAAUGAUGCAGGUGCAAAAGAAAGUUUUAUUUCAGAACAAGAAGAAAAAGUAAGUAAGCCAGAAAAACAAUAUUUUCUACAGAGCAUUCACACUGUUACUGACAGGGACACAUUUGCAGAAAAAAGUAAGAGACUUAAUUUGUUGACAGGCUCUGAUAUACAGGAAGAGAUAAAUAAUAUGUCAUAUUACAAAAGGAAGACAAAUGCUAGACAUAAAGAAGUUAUCCCUUCUAUGAAAGAGAGUACAGAAUUAAAUCAGACUGAAAUCUUUUUUGGGUGCAACCAUAAGAAUGUCUCUGAAAACAGGGAAAAGCAGACUGGUGGUUUUCAUACGGCUAGUGGUAAGCAAAUUACAUUUACUGACAAAUCUUUACUUAAAGCAAGGCAUCUUCUUUCAGAAGAAGCUCUCUUUUUUGGAAAUAUGAACAAUACUGGUAAUCUUAUAAAACCUAGUGUUGAAGAUUCAGUUAAAAAUAAUUUUAAAUUUGGAGAAGGAGCUGAAAAAUGUAGAGAAAUUGGACAUUCUAAAGAUAAUUUUGAAGAUUCUUUGGACGUGCUGUCAAACACGGUUAAACAGGGUUUCAAGAGUGGAUUGAUCUUUAAAGGACUGACCUUGAAUAUAAAUACAUCUGAAUCAUAUUUUAAUGGAGGAAAAAAAAUCAGUAUUUUGAAAGAAGCAUAUAAAAAUCAAGAUUGGAUGACAUCAAAAUGUGAUUUACCUUUACUGGAUACUGGCACCUUACAGAAAUACUCAACUAAUGAAGAAAAAACCUCAACUUCAAAACAAUUAAAAGUUAGGCCACCUGCAUUCAGUUUCAAAACGGCAAGUGGUAAAACUGUUAAAGUUUCUCCACAAGCAUUAAAAAAUGCCCAACAAUUUCUUCAUAAAAACUACAGUAACUUGGAAUCUCAAUCUGAAACAAAAAAAUGUAAUAUGUUAGGAAGUUCUUUGGAUGCUUUUGGCAGUAAAAACUGCAUUACUUCUGGUUACUUGAAUGUAGAGAAGAUGCCAAUGGGAUAUUUGAAUAUAUCCCAGUUUCCUACAACCAAAGAAUUAUGUAGAACUGCCCAAACAUUACCGUGUGCUAUGCCCAUAUUAGUAGACACUGUCUCUGAAACAAAUCAUGAAACUUCAGAUGAAAGUUUUGAAAUGGGCAAGUGUUUUAAUACCUGGGUUUCCACCAAAGGGAACUGCAUAUCAGAUUUUUCUUCUGAUAAAUGUAUGUUUUUUAGCACAGCAAGUGGCAAACCUGUUCAGUUAUCUAAAGAAUCGCUGAAUAAAGCAAGACAACUUUUUUCUGAAAUUGAACCUAAUUUAUCAGAUCAUCAGAAUUUUGUUUCAGAUGACAAUUUCAGCUGUAAUGAGAUACAUUCAGUGAAGAAUGUGAAUGCAUCUGAGUCAGAUGUUAAUGAAGGAACUAAUGUCAACAUAUCUGGAGAAAUCUAUAAAAAUGAAAAUUGGAUGACACCAAAGUGUAGCUUGCAUUUCUUGGAUGUUAGUACGUUAGAGAAAUCCACAACUAAUGGAGAAAAAGACUACCCUUCAAAACAGUUGAAAGCUAGACCAGCUGCAUUCAGUUUCAGUACAGCAAGUGGUAAAACUGUUAAUGUUUCUCAGGAAGGAUUAAAAAAUGCCCAACACGUUCUUCAUAAAAACCUCAAUAACUUAGAAUCUCAGUCUGAAGCAAAUAAAGGUAACACCUUUGGAAGUUCUUCUGAUGUUUUUGGUAGCAGGGACUAUAUUGGUUCUAGCUAUUUGAGUGUAGAGAAGAUUCCAACAGAAUAUUCAGGCCUGUCCCAGGUUCCUGUAACCAAAAAGUUAUGUGAAAGCACCCAAACAUUAUCAUGUGUUGCACCCAAAUCAGUGGAAACUGCGCCUGAAUUAAAUUGUAAAGCUUCAGAUGACUUUAUUGAAAUGCAUAUGUGCUCUGAUACCCGAACUUCCAACAAAAAGAAAUGCAAAUCAGACUUUUCUACUGACAACUGUGGGUUUUUUAGCACAGCAAGUGGUAAGCCUGUUCAGUUAUCUAAAGAAUCACUAAAAAAAGCAAGCCUACUUUUUUCUGAAAUUGAAUCUGAUUCAUCUGGUUAUCAGAAUUUUGACUCAGAUUGCAAUUAUGAAUAUAACACAGUGAAUUCUAUCAGAAAAAAAAUAUUUCCCAGAGAAAAUAGAUUAGAUAUAUCCCAAAGGGAAAAAAAUCCAAAUGUAGAGGAGCAUUCAGGCAUUCCAUGUGAUUUUAAUACAGCAUGUGGAGAACAGGUACGGAUUUCUCACAAGGCUUUUCAAAAUGUUAUGGGACUUUUAAAAGAAUUCGAUGAUAUCGGUGCAAGUGAUUUCUUUGUUGAUGAAAGUUUAAAGCAAACUCAUAAUUCUCCAAUAAAAACUCCCAUUACAAAAGUUAAACAGGAGCAUGAAGCUAAUUCAUCAUCUAAACCGAAGGAGAAAUGCAAAACCAGAGAGAAUCAGAAUAAAAAUGAAACUUCUAAAUCCUUGCUAAAUAUUGAAAUACCUACGUGCAUCACUUCUACUGAGAAAUACAAGCAACCAGCAGAAUUCAAAAGAAGGUUUUCAUGUUCAAAAGAAGUAACUGAACCUUUGAAGAUAAUACAAUCAUGCCAAAGCAGAGUCAGUACUAAAUAUGCAACAGAAGGGAAUCCGGAUUGUUUUUGUCCUGCUUAUUCCCAAACUCCAGAUAAUUAUUCAGAUGUAGAAGCUUCAGAAAGUGCAAAAGCUUUCAUAAAAGAUGACGAUUUCACUGAUUCAGAAGUACAAAGAAAUAUUCAAAAAUCUAUCUUGACAGCUAAUAAUUCUCUGUUACAUACAAGAAGUGGGAAAAGACAUCUGGAAAAAGAAAACACAUUUGGACAACCUCCUAUUAAAAGAAAGCUGCUGCCUGAAUUUGAUCAAUCCGAAAAAUUCACUAGAUCAUCUUUCAAAUCUUCAAGAAGUUCUCCAUAUGGUAUAAUAAAUGACAGGAAAAAAAUAUCCAACAAGAUCUCUUUAAAACCAGUCAUCUGUGGCUCAUUUAGUUCCACAAAUGAACAACAAGAAAUACUGAAUCCAAAUUUUAGUAUUCAAAAACAAGUUAUGAAAGGAUCUAAAUCUGGUGGUUUUUCAGAGCGGUCUUCAAUUAGGUCAUUGGCUCAGUUUGGAAUGAUCGUAAGUGAGGAAAACAAAACACAUAAUCAUUAUUCAGGGAAAAAACCUACCAAGAUCUUUGUGCCUCCUUUUAAAAUAAAAUCAAGAACUUCAGAAGGUGGAAUAAGUAAUGUCAAAGACCAUCUCUCAUUCAGUUGCAAAAGUAUCAACAGAAUGGAAGAAUAUAACACAAAAAUUAACAAAACCUUCAUUGACUCAGAAAAAGAUAAUUGUGCACGAAUAUCAGCUUUGGAUUCAGGAUAUAGUAAAAUAGUUCAAGACAUAACAAAAAUGACAACAUAUCUUCAGUAUGCCAGAAAUCUACAACAAAUGAGAAUUACAAAGAAACAAGAUCAAAUAAUUCGUCCACAACCAGGCAGCCUGUACCUUGUAAAAAGAUCUUCUGGUCUUUGCAGAAUUCCCUUAAAAGCUGCAGUCAAAGAGAAAUUGCCUGACUUUUAUUCCAGUGAACAGUUGUAUGCUUUUGGUGUUUCCAAGCAAUGCAUAAAAAUUAAUAGCACAAAUGCAGAAGAUUUUCAAUUUCUCAUCCAGGAUUUUUUCAGUAGAAAAUAUUUUCUAGAAGACCAUGGAAUACAGUUGGCUGAUGGAGGAUAUAUUAUUCCUAAUGAUGAAGGAAAGGUCGGAAAAGAAGAAUUCUUUUGGGCUUUAUGUGAUACGCCUGAUGUAGAUCCCAAUCUAAUUUCCAAAGCCUGGGUGUCUAACCAUUAUAAGUGGAUUGUAUGGAAACUGGCAGCUAUGGAGGUUGCAUUUCCACAAACUUUUGCCAGUAAAUGUUUGACACCAGAAGGAGUAUUACUUCAGUUAAAGUACAGGUAUGAUAUAGAAGUGGAUAAAAGUCAACGAUCAGCCAUCAAAAGAAUAACAGAAAGAGAUGAUGUUGCUGGAAAAACAAUCAUACUGUGCAUCUCUAAAAUUAUAUCAUUUAGCACAAACAUGCCUCACACUGCUGAUGGCAAAAGCAUCAAUGAGGACAAUAAAAAAGAAGUGGCAAUCAUUGAAGUUACAGAUGGUUGGUAUGGAAUUAGGGCAGUCUUGGAUCCUCCUCUUCAGUCACUGUUAUCUAGGCAGAAGCUUACAGUUGGCCAGAAAAUUGUUGUACAUGGAGCAGAGCUUGUGGGAUCUCAGGAUGCAAGCACUCCUUUAGAAGCACCAGAAACUCUGAUGUUAAAGAUUACAGCUAACAGUACUCGACGUGCUCGAUGGUAUGCCAAAUUAGGAUAUUAUCGUGAUCCUCGGCCAUUCUCUUUGCCUUUAUCCUCAUUGUUUAGUGAUGGUGGGACUGUUGGUUGCAUUGAUGUCAUUGUUCAAAGGAUUUAUCCUAUACAGUGGAUGGAAAAACCAUCAAUAGGGUCCUGUGUGUUUCGUAACAAUCGAGCAGAACAAAGAGAAGCUGCAAAAUUUGCUGAAAAUCGACAGAAAACAUUAGAAGCAUUGUUGGCAAAAAUACAAGCAAAAUUCGAAGAGAGUGAUGAUAAAGGCAAAAGAAUACUGCGAUCCCAUGCUCUAACAAGGCAACAGAUACGUGGUCUACAAGAUGGUGCAGAGCUUUAUGAAGCAAUUAUUAAUUCUGCUGAUCCAUCUUAUAUGGAGGGUUUUUUCAAUGAAGAGCAAUUAAAAGCCUUGAAUAGUCACAGACAGAUGGUCAAUGAUAAAAGGCAAGCCCAGAUAGAGGCAGAAUUCAGGAAAGCUGUGGAAGCUGCUGAGCAAGAGAAAAACAGCUCCUGCAGAAGGGAUGUAUCCAACAUAAUCAAACUACGAAUUGUAGAUUAUGGGACAAAAGAAAACUCAAAAGAAGUUAUACUGAACAUCUGGCGUCCACCCUCACAUGUUUGUAGCCUCUUAAAGGAAGGAGGACGAUACAGAAUUUUACAGUUAUCUGCAUCUCACUCCAAAGGCAAGUUGAAAACCAACAAUAUACAGUUAACAGCUACCAAGAAAACCCAGUAUCUACAACUGCCAGUUUCUCAAGAAAAUCUAUUAGAAGUUUACAGACCAAGGGAAUGUCUGGUAUAUGGUAAACUGAUGGAGCCCUCCUUCCGACCAGCUUGUUCUGAAGUGGAUUUGGUGGGAUAUAUAGUUUGCGUGACAAAAAGAGCAGGUUUUUCUACAUUGGUAUAUUUGUCAGAUGAACAUCAUACUAUAAUAGCAAUUCAGAUUUGUACAGAUCUCAAGCAGUUUGCUAUUGAAGAUAUAAUCAUUCCAUCUGCAUUGAUCUCUGCAACCAAUCUUCAGUGGCGACCUGAAUUCAAAUCAGAUAUUCCCACCCUAUUUGCUGGAGAGCUGUCUGCAUUUUCUUCAAACCCAAAGGAAAACCAUCUCCAAGAAAUAUUCAAAGAAUUUAAAAAUACCAUUGAGAACAAUGGCUGCUUUAGCAAAGAGGCACAAUACAAAGUCAUGAAUUUUUUAAAAUCAGAUCCCUUGCAAUUACUUAGUUUUUCCAAAGAGUGUGGCUUGGAUCCUCCCUGGAAAUCUGAUGCAGGAAAUAAACAAGAAAUUACAAUUCCCAACAGUGAACGAAGACAUCAGAGUCCUUUGACUAUUGGAAAGUCAGAUAUAAAACCAUCCUUUUCUCUUGGAUCUGCAAAAGUGACACCAGAUUUUCAAGAAACUCCAAAGAACUAUAAGAAACGAAAGGCAAUGGAUCUGCUCAGUCAAGUCCCUUCCCCUCCACCUGUGAAGCCAAUCUGCACAUUUAUUUCACCACCUCUAAAAAAAGCAUUUCAGCCCCCUAGAAGCACUUGUGCCCAGAGCAAAACUUCAGUUAAAAAAACUGAAUGUAAGAAUAGCAAACAUCCGCUUCUAAAGUUAAAUGGGACUGAUUUUGCUCCUGAAAACAAUUUUGUUGCUGAUGAAGAACUUGCAAUGAUAAAUACUCAAGCCCUCUUAAGUAAUUUUUCAGCAGAGCAAGGAAUUGUAUCUAUGGGUGACACUGCACAUGUGAUAUCCAGUACAUGAUGCUACAGUUUUUCGCAGGCUGAUCAUUCUGUCCAGCCUACCAAUAAAAAAAAAGACAUGCAUCCGGGAAAUACCAAAAAAAAAUAAUUCCUAUACAGGAAAACAGAGUUCAUUAUUGUAUAGGAAAUGUUACAGAGGCAAAGAAAAUGUCACUGUUAAUAUAGUUUAUAUUUAAUGUGUGAAUUACCUUUUAAAACUCUGAACGUUGUAAAUGUUUGUUUAGAUUUGUUUAUUAUACGUUUUAGCUCAAAACAAACAUUUUAAGACACUUCAGUAAGAACUUGCAAAUUCCUGAUAUGUAAGCUACAGGUACAUUUCUGGGUCAGAAGUUAUUAGUUUCAAAUUUUUAUCUCAAAUAUUCAAUGCAUCUUACAUCAAAGUUAGCUUUUGAACAAAUGGCUUAACAGAAGAAUACAUAAAAAGGUUGCACAAAAGGAUUUUUCUCGUUUUUCUUUCCUAAAGAUGCUGUAUAAACGGCUAUUCUAAACAGUGUUAUAUGUAUCAGAGGUUGUCAAAGGGACUAGUGCCCAAAAUUAUAUGAACGUAUUGUUUUAUCAAAUGUGAAUAUUAAAGUAGCAUCAAAUUAUCCUCUUCCCUAAAAAGAACAAAGAAAAUGA